UCGAUAAGGAGACCCCCCAAAGAAAAAUGCUCAAACUCCCUUCAGACCUCACACAACAUUCCUGUAGAUUUCACAGUUUUUACUCUCCAUUUAUCUUUAGAAAAUGCCUUAUUUCCUCCUGGUUUUGCUUACUCUUAUCCCCCUUUUAAUCUCUUCUUCUUCCCAACCCACUGAUACUCUCUUCUUCCCAGGUUUCAAACCCCCAAAUCUCAGCACCAACUUAACACUAACAGGAAGUGCAGAGAUUCAAGCCAAUGGCAUUCUAAAAUUAACAAACGACACCAGUCGUUUACAGGGUCAUGCCUUUUAUAGCUCACCAUUUAGAUUCAAAAACUCCAGCAAUGGCCAAGCUUUCUCCUUUUCAACCACCUUUGCAAUGGCCAUAGUCCCUGAGUACCCAAAGCUCGGUGGCCAUGGUUUGGCUUUCACAAUCGCCGCUUCUAAAGACCUCAAAGCACUGCCUAGUCAGUACUUAGGGAUCCUCAAUGCUACCGAUGUGGGCAACUCGUCGGAUUAUCUCGUUGCGGUUGAGUUCGAUACGGUUCAAGAUUUUGAGUUCCAAGACAUCAACGACAACCAUGUUGGAAUCGACAUAAACAGCUUGAACUCAACUGCUUCGGUUCCUGCUGGUUAUUACAUCGAUGGGGUUGGUUUGGUGAAGCAAAAUGUUAGUCUCAAGAGUGGGAAACCGAUUCUAGUUUGGAUUGAGUAUGACUCAGUUGAAAAACUGGUUAAUGUAACGAUUUCAUCGAGUUCUAAAAAACCGAGUUUGCCGAUCUUGCCGUUAAAGGUAGACCUUUCACCUUUUCUCCAAGAGUUUAUGUAUGUUGGGUUCUCAGCUUCAACUGGUUUACUUGCUAGUUCCCAUUAUAUUCUAGGUUGGAGCUUUAAAAUGAAUGGAGAAGCUCAAGCUCUUGAUCUAUCUUCAUUACCUUCACUUCCCCGACCACCGGCAAAACAUACAGCUUUAAAAGUUGGUGUCUCGGUUUCAUCUGUUGUUUUUGUUAUAGCAGCUUUAUCCGUUGCUGUUUAUAUCUUUAUGAAGAUCAAGAAUGCUGAUGUGAUUGAAGAUUGGGAAUUGGAAAUUGGGCCACAAAGAUAUGAUUACCAUGAACUCAAAAGAGCAACCAAUGGUUUUAGUGACAAAGCUUUACUUGGUCAUGGUGGUUUUGGCAAAGUUUAUAAAGGAAAGCUUAAGGAUUCUAAAACCCAAGUUGCUGUCAAGAGAGUCUCUCACGAAUCGAAACAAGGGUUACGCGAGUUCGUAUCGGAGAUCGCGAGUAUUGGGAGACUUCGACAUCGGAACUUGGUUCAAUUAUUGGGAUGGUGUAGGAGAAGAGGUGACCUUCUUCUUGUUUAUGAUUACAUGGCUAAUGGUAGCUUAGAUAAGUUCUUGUUUGAUGACCCUAAAAUAGUACUUAAUUGGGAACAAAGAUUGAAUAUUAUAAAGGGUGUUGCUUCAGGGCUUCUUUAUUUACAUGAAGGGUAUGAACAAAUUGUGAUUCAUAGAGAUAUUAAAGCUAGUAAUGUGUUGUUAGAUGAUGAAUUGAAUGGAAAGUUAGGAGAUUUCGGGUUGGCGAAACUGUAUGAACACGGUUCGAAUCCAGGGACAACUAGGGUUGUUGGUACACUAGGGUAUCUAGCACCGGAGUUACCUAAGACAGGAAAGGCCACAACGAGCUCCGAUGUUUAUGCUUUCGGUGCUUUUUUGCUCGAGGUCGCAUGCGGGCGGAGACCCAUCGAGUCCAAUGUAUCACAAGAGGAACUAGUGUUGAUUGAUUGGGUUUGGGAGAAGUUUACACAAGGAAGGCUCUUCGAUGUGGUAGACAUUAGGCUUAAUGACAAGUAUAAAGAAGAUGAAAUGUUGGUGGUGCUUAAAUUAGGCCUAAUUUGCUCAAAUGAUGCACCUAUGGCGCGACCUAACAUGAGGCAAGCUGUGAGAUAUCUUGACGGAGAGGCUGAAUUACCAGAAGUUUUGAAACCAUCGAGGAUAUAUGAGGGAGUUGGCGAAGGGUUUGACACUUUUCUGCAUUCGUUCAUGUCCUCAACAUUUGAUAAUACGAGUUCGUAUUCAUUCACGGAUCAACAUGGCAAUGGUGGUACUAGUAUUGUUUCUCUUUGAGAAAGUAGACUACUUUUAUAUAUAUAUAUAUAUAUAUAUAUAACAAAAAAUGGCAGAUAUUUCACAUGUUAUAGCAUCAUUUUUCAAUGACAAAAUUUUCAGUUCUCACAUAGGAAGGCAUUAAUGAGGGAUGAAAUUGAAUUCAAACUGAAAUGGUAGCAGAGUACUUUUGGUUGUAUUUGGCUAAAAUUAAUGAGAAAGUUGACAAUGUUAUGCUUUGGAGGGACCAUAUAUAU